AUGUCCAUAUUAAUAAGUCAUAAAAACGCACCAAUUCGUUUGUUACUUGAUCAUCAAUCAUUCGAUAAUAAUAAUAUCGACAAAAAUUUAGUAGUAAUUUAUUGUCAAAUCUCAUCAAAUCUGUUUUUUUAUACGACACUACUCAGUGAACUGUCAUCAUCAUCUCAGUUUGCUUCAAUAUUUUAUCAACUUCUCAUUCAAUUGAACAAUAAUUCACGUUCAUUAUUCAAUCGAAAACGUCUCAAAUAUAUUUUUAGUUGUAUUUGUCAUCGUCAAAAUAUUAUUUAUUUACAAGUUCAUAAUAAAAUUAAUCAAUAUGACGAAUGGAUUAAUCGCCGUUGGGCAUCUAUUCAAUUAAGCGUUUUAAUAAAACGUAUUCGUUAUGAAUCAUCAUGGGCAUGGUUAUCAACAUUAGGUGGUGGUCAUUCAUGUCUUGGUGAAGUAUCUGUACAGCACGCCAAAGAAGCUGAAAUGAUAUCAAAAAGUCAAAUAUGUUUAUCAAAUGAAAUCGGUGAUCCAAAUGCAUUAGUCAAAUCUUAUUUAUUUCUUGCACUAAGUUAUUUACAACAAAAACGUUAUGAUGAAGUUCGAAUUAUACUUCGAUUUCAAUAUCAACGUAUUCAACAAAAAGAUAUUACUGAUGAACGUUUACCAAUUAUGUGCAUUGCAUUAUGGAAGAAAAUGAAAUAUGCUAUUAAAAGAGAUAAAAAACUAAAUUGA